GAGCAACAAUACUUGAAUCUGUUAUUGUUUACAAUCUAGUCAAUUUCUAGAAAUUUUUAAACGUUUUAUUUUAAUCGUGACGAAAAUUCUGCAAUUAUUCUUCCAAAAUGUCGUAUAUGUUAGCACAUUUACACAACGGGUGGCAGGUGGAUCAGGCUAUUCUUUCCGAAGAGGAUCGCGUCGUGGUCAUCCGUUUUGGCCACGAUUGGGACCCCACCUGCAUGAAGAUGGAUGAAGUGAUGUACAGCAUAGCGGAGAAGGUGAAAAACUUUGCCGUCAUUUAUCUGGUGGACAUCACAGAGGUUCCGGAUUUUAACAAAAUGUACGAACUGUACGAUCCCUGCACGGUGAUGUUUUUCUUCCGGAAUAAGCACAUUAUGAUCGAUUUGGGAACAGGUAACAACAACAAAAUCAACUGGCCCUUGGAAGAUAAGCAGGAGAUGAUCGACAUCAUCGAAACGGUUUACCGAGGGGCACGAAAGGGUCGAGGUUUGGUGGUGUCGCCAAAGGAUUACUCCACAAAGUAUAGAUAUUAAAGUCUUACUAAUAUACUUAAUGAAUGGACGAGUUUAGAACUUUAUAAUUUAUGAAAUACUAUAAUUUACCAAAAUAAAAAUCAGUAUUUUACAACUGAAAAGAAA